UUCUUUGCCAUACCAGAUCCACUGGGUACAGCAGGCUUGUUCUCUUGUUAAUUUAGUUCCUCGGUGUGCAUCUAUAAAGUCAAGAGGAGCUUUGCUAUGUGCAUUUGCGAGAGAUGGGCUUCUACUUGCAGUAGCUGUUAAUCAAACUGAUCCAAAGGCAACUCAAAUUCUGUUUUUGAACACAUUGAAUUUUGUAACUGUUUCCGGUAGCCUUAAAGGUUGCAGUAGCAAGAAUAGCACAGUCCCAUCCAAGUUUGUCAGAUCUUACUGGGUUGGCGAUAUGAGCUGGACUCCUGAUAGCCUUUUCUUGGCUUGCAUGUUGAAACGUGGAUCUUUGAUUUUGUUGACAUGUACGGGUGAAUUGCUGACCUUGAUUACUUCUGGUUGCUCUGUAGAAUUUGGACCAGCAGAGUUUAUUCCAUUUCAUCCGCUUUUCUCUUCUAUUUCUUGUAAUGGGUUUGUUCUGAUGAAUAUUGGCAUUGUGACAAUACAGCAGCAAUCUUUUUGUCAAGACUCUAGUCAGUCUCUUGGUUCUUCAGCUUCUGAAAGCGACCUUAGAAGACAGAGAUUCUCUGUUGCUUCACACUCAAGAUUACCCUACCUCAUUGUCUCUGAUGGGUACAUGAUAACGGUGCUUAGAUUUCCUAACAACCUCUCACCGUCAGCAUUGAUAAGAUCCCUUUUGCUUGAUUCAACCAAACGGCUUGAAAAUAUCCGUCGGAAUUUGCUGA